CGAACAGUGAUGGCGUCAUCGAGGCCCUUCCCACCCACCUGAAACCCGGUUCCCAGUCGGGCCUGGAGCAUGAGUAUUGUAUGGAGGCCAUUUGGGUUCUUCAGAAGACUUCUAAGAGUGGAAAGCUGUAAUCUAACUGGAGCAGAAUCUUUGAUUCUGUUCUCACCAACAACACUGGCACAGAAGAUUAGGGAAGUACCUGGUAUUUUCUUGUUAAGUCAAAGAAAAGGAUUCUCAAUCAUGCCAGAAAUACAAACAAAUAAGAGAGAGCCUGAAUUAUUUUCACCACCCCCUGGUGUUCGAGGAAUGACAAAACUUGAUAGAACAGCUUUUAAAAAAACAGUCACCAUCCCAGUGCUUAAAGCGAAGAAAGAAAUAGUCAACAGAUUGAUGCGAUCCUUGAAAAGAGCAGCAUUGCAGCGCCCCGGCAUGAAGCGUGUGAUUGAAGACCCAGAAGAUGAAGAAAGUAGACUAAUUAUGUUGGAUCCCUAUAAAAUGUUUACUCAUGAGUCCUUUGAGGAAGCGGAACUUAGUAUUUUAAAUCAACUUAAUGUCAAUCCACAGCUAUCUAAAUAUACUUUGGAACUAACUUAUGAAAAUUUUAAGUCAGAAGAAAUCUUGAGAGCUGUGCUUCCUGAAGGUCAAGAUGUGACCUCAGGAUUUAGCAGAGUUGGACAUAUUGCACACCUAAAUCUUCGAGAUCAUCAGCUACCAUUCAAGCAUUUAAUUGGCCAAGUUAUGAUUGACAAAAAUCCAGGAAUCACCUCAGCAGUAAAUAAAAUCAAUAAUAUUGACAAUACAUACCGAAAUUUCCAAAUGGAAGUACUGUCUGGAGAAGAGAACAUGAUGACCAAGGUUCGAGAAAACAACUACAUCUAUGAAUUUGAUUUUUCAAAAGUCUACUGGAAUCCUCGUCUCUCUACAGAACACAGCCGUAUCACAGAACUUCUUAAACCUGGGGAUGUCUUAUUUGAUGUUUUUGCAGGGGUUGGGCCCUUUGCCAUUCCAGCAGCAAAGAAAAACUGCACUGUAUUUGCCAAUGAUCUCAAUCCUGAAUCCCAUAAGUGGCUAUUGCACAACUGUAAAUUAAAUAAAGUAGACCAAAAAGUAAAAGUCUUCAACUUGGAUGGGAAAGAAUUUCUCCAAGGACCAGUCAGAGAAGAGUUAGUACAGCAGCUGGGACAGUCAAAAGAAAGAAAACACUCUGUUCACAUUGUCAUGAACCUGCCUGCAAAGGCUAUAGAGUUCCUAAGUGCUUUCAAAUCACUUUUAGAUGGACAGCAGUGCAGCAGUGAGCUCCUUCCCAUAGUGCACUGUUACAGCUUUUCCAAGGAUGUUAAUCCUACUGAGGAUGUUCGUCGACAAGCUGGAGCUGUGUUAGGCAUCUCUCUAGAGACAUGCAGUACAGUUCACCUAGUAAGAAAUGUGGCUCCCAACAAGGAAAUGCUCUGUAUCACCUUUCAGAUUCCUGCAUCUACACUUUACAAGAACCAGACCAUAAAUCUAGAGAAUCAGGAAGAGCCACAUCCUAAACGGAAGAGAACAGAUAAUGCCUUUUCAGAAGAAGGAACACAAAUAGCAUGAAAACACUUAAUUGGAAUGUUUUCCAUCUCCCCAGUAGACUUAUAUAAAGAAAUACAAUUUGUAUGAUUUCAUAGAAUUUGUUUUAUCAUGCCAUCAUCAAUUAGCUGCCAUAAGUCUACUACUAAAUAGAAAUGCAUUUGUAUUGUUUUGAGACAGUUGCAUAAUUACUUUAAAUUAUAUCUAAUUUUUAUUAGAUAAGUGUUCUUAAACAUUAUUUUUUCCUGAGAAUAUAGUUUUUGAAGAUAAGGUAGUUUCUUGUUGCCUCACCAGGAAAGCAUUAAUAUACUAUCAAUUGUCACUGUAAAAGUAAUAAAAAUAAAUAAUUUAGGUUAAGGAUAGGCAAACUACAUUCAUUGAUAGGGGAGAUCUGGGCCACCAACUGUUUGUAUGUCCUUUGACCUGUGAAUGUUCUUUUAUUUUCAAAUGAUUGGAAAAGAAUAACAUUUUAUGACUUGAAAACUGUAUGUAACUUGAAGGUGUUUUAAAAUUUCUAUGGUAGAAGCAUUGUAGUUAAGAAAAAAAAGAACACUUUCAAGGUUAAGUUGGCAAAAGUUUCCUUUUCAUACUCAUACUUGAAUAUCACCAUGAUUUCAAACCAUUCCUAACAAGGAACAAGCACAGAAUCAAGAUGUAUGACAAGAGAAAUAUUAAAACUACUUAUCAGCCCUGGAAAUCAGAAAAUAUAAAGUGAACUCGUGUAGCCAUUUUUAACUAAAGUUUGCAUUACAAUCACUGUGACUGUGGAGAAAAUGCCCCUAGUAAGGCAAAUCACCAGGUUGAGCCAGCCAGUGGCUGCACAACUCUAAAGGGACUGGCAUCACAAACUUUGUUCCUCAGGGAGGUACAAAGACAAAAUAUACAGCAAUACCAAAGAUCAACCAUUUAUUCACUGUGUGACUUCUCUAAGCUUCAAAUUCAGGUAUAACGACUAUUCUUAAGAACUUUUGUACAGGUUAUAUUCAAUAUUGUAUGACAAGUGCUUCCAUUACAGAGCUCCUACCACUGCUUCAUUCUCACCCACUUCCCACUCCCAAAGAGCUACUUAAAAGCCAACCAACCACCUAUUGGCUAGAGCUCAAUGGCUACUGGUAUUAUUCUUGAAUUUUGGUGUGCAUGAAGUUUUAUUGGAAUA